AUGGUCACAAAAUAUUUGUUCACGAUUCUCGCCAUCGCUGCCAGCACUGCUUUCGCUGAAAGUUGCCAAAACCCACAAGUAGAAGCCGCAUCUUUCACAAGUUUAGAUGCGACGGUAGUGACACAAAUCGCUUAUAUUACAGAAUUUACAUUAAAAUGUGAUAAUCCUUUGCCUGCAAAUUACGCUUUAUAUGCGGAGGUCGAUGGGAAAUCCUUGACUGCGGCGCGUAUUGGAGAAAAUAAGUACCAGGUAUCCUGGACUGAAGAGCCUUCUAAGGCACGCUCAGGCGUCCAUGAAGUCCGCAUCUUGGAUGAGGAAGGUUUUGCUUCUCUACGCCGUGCUCGCCGCAGUGACCCAGCAGCUGCAGUUGCACCAUUGUUGGCUAUACAACUUAACCACCCAGGAAGCUACUCUGGACCCUGGGUUAACUCUGAAGUACUCGCGACGGCUCUUUCUGUUAUUGUUGCAUACACAGCUCUCCGUAACAAGGGAAACAUUCUAGCUUAG